CAUCACUAGUAUUAAACACAAACAUAACCUGAAUUAUAAAUUUGUUGUGCGUUGAUUUUAUGCCUCCUUGAAAUCUUGGUUCAGUGUUACAGUUUUUUAUAUAUUUAGACAUAAAAAACACAAAUUAAAAAUUUGUUCUUUAUUUGGUAUACCCUUUAUUUUAAUAAGUUUCUCGGUUUUAAAUAUAUUAGCAAUAUAACUUCUGGAAGUAAAGCUGAUUACAAUGGAUAGCAUUUCUACUAUACUAGACUUAUCAAAUAAGAAAUUAAAAAAGUUAAACAAGCCUUCUGUUAAAGACAGUCAAGUAACAGAGUUAAUUCUAGAUGAAAACGAGUUACAAAGGUUGGAUAAUAUUGAUGCAUUUGGAAAGUUGGAAAAGUUAUCAGCUUGUCAUAAUCAAUUACUUCGUAUGUAUGGAGUUUGCAGAUUACAUAGUUUACAAGUUUUAAAUUUAAGCGACAACGGGAUCUUAACAAUUGAAGGAUUAAAAGAGCUAACAAAUUUGAAGUGGUUGUGUCUUUCUAAAAAUAGUAUAAAGACUAUUGAACAUCUAAAUAAUAAUCUAAAUUUAGAACAUUUGGAUCUAUCAGAAAAUAGUAUUACCCAUAUUUCUGACCUGUCGUUUUUAAGAAAUCUGAAGGAGCUGUAUCUACAUAAAAAUAAAAUUAACCAUCUUGGCCAGUGUGAUCGUUUCCUGCCUGUUAGUUUAACAUUGUUAACAUUAGCAAAUAAUAAUAUUGCGGAUCUGAAUGAGAUCUCUAGACUUUCUCAUCUGCUUCAACUAAAUAAAAUCUCAAUAGCUGGUAAUCCUUGUGUAAAUAUGACUAGUAACAAUAUUGGCUUUGAUUAUCGACCUUUUGUAAUUAACUGGUGUCUAAAUGUUAAUGUUAUUGAUGAUUAUGUAGUUGAUGCAAUUGAAAGCUUAAGAGCUGAAUGGCUGUAUUCACAAGGUCGAGGAAGGCAUUUUAGAAUCGGCGAUCAGUCGGAAUUGACACAGUAUUUGGCGACAGUUUGUCCAUUAACUGGUGAAACUUUAGAGACAGAAGAAGAUAGAAAAUUAAGACUUAUAUUAAGUAAAGCACAACAUCAUCAGCAACAGCUUCGGGAGCAAUCGUCAAACUUAGGUUCACUUCAACAAUCUCCGAUUACGCGGAAGAAAAUGCAACAAACUAGAAGUUCUCUAAAACUCAAUAGGGCAUCUCCAGAUAGGAUGUCAACUAGUUGUUAUAACUCACUUGUUGACGAUAAUGAUAAAGCUAGUUUAAUGUCACAAAGCAUGGAUCCUUCAAUACUUCUUCAAAAUAUAGCUUCUCAGAGUAUGUCCAAAGGUUUUCCUGAGAAAUGUUUGAAGGAAGCUUUUUAUGAUACUGAACCUAUAAAUAGUCCUUUACAAGCUGUAACUAAGAUGGUACCAGUACCAGAAACUUUGAUGAGUCCCGAUUAUAAACCAACGCCUAUUAUCGAAAGAAUUGGAAAAACUCUGAUUCCCACCAGUUCAUCGGUAACACCAGAUUCAACAAAUAUUCGUUUAUUAAAACAAAAUCGAGAUUCUACAACUUCUCGUCAAGAUCAGUUACAGAGUCAGUCACAAUUAAAAGUGGAGAAAUCUCCAUCCACACCGAAACAACACAAAAGAAAAAGCACCAAUAUAAGCAAUAAGCAAGAUUUUAAUAAAAAAUCAAUUUUGCAUAAACAAUCCAGUAGUGAAGACGAAUCAGAAAUAUACGAUUCUAAACUUCAAAUGAUUCAAAUAAGAGCCGAAGAAAAACGGAUGCAGAAAAAUAUUGAUAAUAGCAACAAGGAUAAUAUUCAGCAGGCCGCUAUUUGCAUUCAAAGAAUGUGGCGGGGAUAUUAUGCAAGAAACAAAAAUAAAGACGUGCAAGAAAUUUAUAAAACUUUACAGAAUGAUAGAUCGAACCAGUUUAUACAGAAACUCACUCAGGAUAUGGAAACGACGAAAGCCGCUCUGGAAAGCGAAAGAAAAAUUCAAAUGUUGCAAACCGAAGCUAUUACUGCAUUGUGGAAAAAAAUGUCAACAUUAAAUACCGAAGAGAACUCUGGUAGUAAUGUUAGCUUGACAAAUUUAACGAAUAAUCCGGAUGUAGUGAAGGAACUGGUGCAUACUUGUUCUCUUUUACAGAAUCAGGUGCAGCAGUUACAAAACUCUAUGCAAGACAUUUUUAAAGUUAUGACAGUGUUCAGUCACAGUACUGGACUUAAUCAUUAUUUAAAAGAAAAUGGUAUAGCUACUCAAACAGAGAUUAUAGCCGUUCACACACCACAGGAUGACUCUGCGAAAGGGUUUCCCUUUCAAAGGCAACACAUUACUCAACAUCGUCCAUCAUCGUUACCUUUGCCUAUAAAUCAGCGAAGAAAGGAAACAACAGCGGAUGAUCCGGUAAAUUCCGAAUUGAAAGAAUUUGCUGGUAGUCUAGUAGAUGGGGUAAUUAAAACCGUUUCGGAAAAAGUGGAAUUUCAGGACAUGGAUGCAAAGGAAGUGGCUUCGACAUCAGAAGUCAAUUGUGUUGUCUCAAAAAACAGUAUUAAUCAGACUACGUAGUUCAUCGCACAAAACCCUGGCCUUGACAUAAUUAUUUUAACACUCAAUUGAAGAACAAAUUAGAAUUAUAUAAUUCUUAAUCAGCUUUAAGCUUACCGCAUGAUAUUCUGUUGAUCUCAGUUUUCUAUAUUUAUUUUAGUUUAAGUUGAAUAUAAAAUGUUAAUUUAUUGUUAGGAUUUUGACAUGUCGUUUGUAUGUUUUGUAUUUGUUAUUUAAUUGUUUUUAUUACUGCAUUUAAUGCAUUCCUGUUAAUUAAAUCGCUGAUGAUUAUAUUUAUAUACACACCAAUUAUAAAUGAUUGGUGAUGAACAAUUUAUAUGCGCACCGCAAUUCAAACUAUUACUUAUGUACCAAUUUUUAAUAUAAGAUAAUGAUUCAUCAUUGAUGUAUACAUAUUAUUGGUUUUUAAAGAGGUUAUUUUAAA